AUCGGGCAGCUGUGAAACAUGUUUUCCCUAAUGCGAUACAGUCAGUGGCAAGAUUGUUGCAGGCGAGCAUUGAGCAUGCUGCGAAACCAGGCCUACGUCGGUGGCGAAUGGCGAAAUGCCGGCAACGGCGAGACGUUCGAGGUGUUAAAUCCGUAUGACGGUUCAGCGGUCGGCCGGGUCCCGGAUAUGAGCGAGUCGGACGUAAAGUUGGCUGUGGAUAGCGCGCAGCGGGCCUUCUCCGAGGGGGAGUUCAGCAGGACGACGGCGAAGGAACGGAGCGACUUGCUGCGGGGGUGGUACAACUUGAUGGUGAAGCACGCGGAGGACCUGGCACAGAUAAUGACGAAGGAAAGCGGCAAGUCCCUCGCGGAGUCGCGGGGCGAGGUAAAAUACGGUAAUUCAUUCGUCGAGUGGUUCGCCGAGGAAGCGCGUCGCAUCAACGGUGAGGUGAUCCAGUCACCGGUGCGCGGUAGGGAGAUCCUGUUGCUCAAGCAGCCUGUCGGUGUCGCUGCGCUCAUCACUCCGUGGAACUUUCCACAUGCUAUGAUCACCCGGAAGGCUGGGGCGGCAUUGGCUGCUGGUUGUACUUGUGUCAUCAAGCCGUCUGAAGAGACUCCACUGACUGCUCUAGCGCUCGCCAACCUGGCGGAGCAGGCUGGGUUUCCAGCUGGCGUCUUCAACGUUGUUACCACCAGUCCCAAGAACUCUGCAGCUGUUGGGAAGCUCUUGUGUGAGGAUGCGAGGGUCAGGGUGAUGUCUUUCACAGGGUCAACGGUUGUCGGGAAAAUCCUCUACAGGCAGUGUGCAUCAACAAUGAAACGGCUGAGUUUUGAGCUUGGGGGAAACGCUCCAUUCGUUGUCUUUGAAUCAGCUGAUAUUGACCUCGCUGUUGCUGGUGCAAUGGCCAGCAAAUUCCGUAACACAGGACAGACUUGCGUUUCUGCUAACAGAUUCUUUGUUCAUGAGAAUGUGCACGAUGAGUUUGUCGAUAAAUUUAUUUCCAAAGCCAACUCUGACAUCAGGAUGGGCGAUGGAUUGCGAGAAGGGAUUACCAACGGCCCACUGAUCAAAGAGUCGCAACUCAAGAUGGUCUCUGACCUGGUCAAUGAUGCCCUUACAAAAGGGGCAAAACUCCACUGUGGAGGCAAGCCUUUACCUGAAUUGGGCCCCCUUUUUUAUAGCCCAACUGUUCUUACGCAUGUCACUGAAAAAAUGGAAAUUUACAACAAAGAAAUUUUUGGCCCCGUCGCUGUUAUAAACAAAUUUUCAAGCGAGGAGGAUGUUCUUAGAGAGGCAAAUAAUACACCUGUCGGUCUCGCAGGAUAUUUUUACUCCAAGGAUAUAUCACAGAUUUUCAGAGUUGCGAGGAAACUGGAAGUAGGCAUGGUUGGGGUAAACGAAGGGCUUAUUUCGUGCACCGAGGCUGCAUUUGGUGGCAUAAAGGAAUCUGGACUGGGAAGAGAGGGCUCACACCAUGGGAUCGAUGAUUUUGUAGAUGUAAAAUAUGUCUGCAUAGGAAAUGUCACCUAUUAGGCGUGAAAGUUAUUUUAAGCAUUUUGUGAGCAUUCCACAAUGAGUCAGACACUGUGAGAACGUGACACAUUCACUUACUCAAUUUGCAAUAUCUACAAAACCGAUCGAUUUUAAGGCUAGAGCUUUUAAGAAAGAAAACAAAAGAACAAACAAAAUUUCAAUCCGGAAGGGAAACUUUCAGUGGUUUUAUUCUUGGAACAAUAAGACAGAGCUAAUGAUUUUUGAUCUAUUUGUCUUUGAUCGAUUUAUAGCUGUGCUAUUAUAAAUGUCCAAAGUCUUCCAUUUAAUAAAAAUGUUCUAGUUAGUAUGCUGCUUAUUAUCCUAAUUAAACCUAUGAAAUAAUGGUUGUUAUAGAAUCUAUCAUUUCUUAUUGUAGGAAUCUUAACAAUGUGAUACAUAGGACUCGUAAUAAUUGAAGAAUAUGUAACACAGGUAUAUAAAAGAGUGGCCAAACAAUGGAAUUUUUAAUCUAUUUUUACUCUUUCAUGAUUUGCAGAACAGAAAUUGAAUUUCUUCUGUUCCUGGCUAUUUUACCAUGAAAUUUGUCACAUAAAUUAUGAAUUGUGUUAAAAAAAUUUUUAGCUGUUUAAAUUUCAAAACAUUUCUAAAUUACCAUCUCUCUUCUUUUGCACAGAUGUAUUGUG